AUGACUCCCACUUUCAUUGUCAACCUGCUGGCUGUGGCAUGUCUUUCUUCCACCGCCACUCCUUUUACGGCGUCAAAUAUGGUAUCUUAUCGAGAGAAUGGCACGGAGUACGACUGCAAAUGUUCCCCGGCAGACGGUUGCUGGCCGAAGCCAAGCGCCUGGGACAAGCUCAACAAGACCGUUGGAGGGAGCCUCGUCAGGCAUAUCCCGCCGGCAGCCGUCUGCUACAACCAGUUGCGCGGGGUAGAGACAUACGAUGCUGCCAAGUGCGCUGAGGCAACUGCGAAUUGGGCAGACGAAGGGUGGCAGAUUGCCCAGCCGGCAUCGCAGCUCUGGACCUGGGGAAGCAACAACACCUGCGAACUUCCUACAGACCCAACAAGUACCUGCACUCUUGGCAACUAUCCCGAGUUCGUCAUCAUCGCCUGGACGAGAGAUCACGUCAAAGCCGGCGUCGACUUUGCAAAGUCGAACAACCUGCGGCUGGUCAUUCGCAACACGGGCCACGACUUCCAGGGCCGCAGCGCAGGCGCCGGGUCUUUGGCCAUCAACACGCAUAACCUCAAGGACAUCUCCUUUGUUGGCAACUACACGGGCCCAGGGGACUACAACGGGCCAGCGAUCACGAUCGGGGCCGGAGUUCAGGGCUUUGAGAUCUCCGAAGCAGCUCAUGCCCGCGACCCGCCUCAGAAUGUGGUAAUGGGCGAGUGCAAUACUGUUGGAGUUGCAGGAGGUUACAUAGGAGGCGGCGGUCACGGGCCCUUGACCAGUAUCUAUGGCUUCGCUGCAGACCAAGCACUCUCUUUCGAAGUGCUCACUGCAUCCGGCCACUUCACCGUUGCGAACUCCAAUGACAACCCGGAUCUGUUUUAUGCCCUCAAGGGGGGCGGUCCUGGUAACUACGGAGUUGUCUUGUCCGUCACUCUCAAGACAUUCCCAGACAUCACUCCCGGGGCAGCACUCUUUCUGGACGUCAACGCCACCACCGGCGCAAACUUUGAGCAGGUUACAAAGGCCGUCAAUAAACUCCAUGAGAUCGGGAACCAACUGGUCGACAACGGGCUCUACGGAAUCUACGAGCUCUAUCCGCCAGCCCUCGGUGGAGCGUUGCACGUGCAGCCCAUCAUGGGUAUGGGCAAGACCGCCGGAGAACUUACUGCUGUCAUACAGCCGCUUCUGUCAUAUCUCGACGCCGAGAGCAUCCCUUACGACUUUGGCGCCAGAGAAUACCCCGACUACUACACCCUCUACAACGAUGUUUUCGAACCGGAGGCUGCGGGUCAAAACGGCCUUACGGGUGGUUGGGUUUUCACCCACGAGGACAUGGCGAACAACCAAUCCGCCAUCGCCGAAGCGAUCCAGCUGGCUCUGGCUCCAGCGCAAAACCAGUCCGGCAUCAUCGUCAGCCACUUCUUCGAUCCCGGUACCAAGACGAUGGAGGCCCACAGCGCGAUGCACCCGCGAUGGAGGGGAGCAACGAUGCGGACGAUGGCCAUCCUCCCUCAACCUCUGGACGCGACCUGGGAUGUGAAGAUGGCACUCAACGACCUCAUGGUCGACACCAUUACAGAGAAGUUCAAGAAGGCUGGGCCUAACGGACUAGCAUACGUGAAUGAGAACUAUGCCUUCAUGAAGAACUGGCAAGACUCCUUUUGGGGACCGAUCUACCCCGAGCUUGUCGCCGCCAAGAAGAAGUGGGAUCCGGACGGCGUGUUCUUUUCGUGGUCCACGCCGGGCAGCGAGGAGUGGAAUGUUGUUGACUACGCCAACCGACUUUGCAAAGCGAGAUGA